ACCUCGAUGAACCUUUAACGUUGACUGCGGGGCAGCUCUCCAUUUCCGUACGCCGAACGAAGUUGCAUCUCCAUUUCAGGCGCCAGCCGCUUGUUGAAACCUUCACGAUCGAUUUGGGCGAUGUUCUCUCCGGGUUGGAAGGACAUGUGUUUCAGCAGGAAACGGGGCAAGUUACUCGUCACCCUCGGAUUCGCAUCCCAAGCCCCAAUAGUCACUAGAGUUCCGAACCCGAACCCAUCUUCCCCUGCAGAUGCCGAGAGUCUACAGCCAAAUACUCAACAGUCGGUAGUAGUGCGAAGUAUACCAACCGAUAUUGCAGUUGGCAGUGCAGGUAUAGGUGUCGCUGCCAACACACUUGCACCUGCGAAUCGCGAUAGUCUACGACCAACCACUGAAGAGCUCAUUAAACAGUGUCCUCGUUUCCGAGUCUUGGUAGUUGGAAAGUCAGGUGUUGGAAAAUCCGCUUUGAUCAAUCGAAUCUUCGGUGUGAACACUGCGAUUGUAGAAAAGGAUAAACCAGGGGGAGCAAACAUUGAACAGGAAUUCACUUCGCCAGCGAACGACCGGCUCAUUCUGCAUGAAAGCAAAGGUUUUGAGGCGGGCGACACUAGCAGCUGUGAAAUCGUGAAGUCAUUCAUAGUGGAGAGGAAGAAAGAACCCGAUAUCAAACAUCAGCUUCACGCGGUCUGGUUGUGUUUUCAGAUACCCAUUCCGACGUACGGUGAACGACUUUUGGAGGACGCUGCAGAAGCGUUUUUGAAAACAAGGAAGGAAGUCCUAGGGAAUAUCGUAUUCACGAAAUAUGACCGGCUCGUGAGUUUCAUGCGGCUGAGAAUACCAAACGAUCCUGAGGCAGGGCAACGAUAUCUGGAAGAGGAAUGCGUCCGGCUAAUCAACGAUUUUACGGGAGAGGAUAUUGCACAUGUUGCAGUUAGCUCGAGAUCCAAGCAUGAGCACGGGCUUAAGGACCUAAUAAGCCUUACUCAGGACAUGGUAUCUACGAGUUCCGCCUCCCAGGAGAACCGAGUAUCGCCAGUGCCUCUGGCAGCUGCAGGGGCACAACGAAUGUUGCCUACAUUGAAGGUUGAGUCAUCAAUCGCCGUAGGAAAGCAAAAAUACUGGAGUGCGCUGGGUACCAGCGCAAAUUCCCCUGGUCAUACAAUACAGGACUGCCUUCGUGUCAUACACAACGACAUCGUGGCGGUCUGGAACAUUUACGACCCUUGCCAAUACUUGAAUAGUGAGGACUUCCGAAAGGUGAUGAUGAACAUGGUUGAGAGAAUCGAUGCACCAGCCGAGCCAAAUUCCCUCGCUCGCACCGACACAUUAACUGGGGGGGUCCCUCUGAUCGCUCUAGCUCCUGUAAUGCUGCCAUUAAAUGCUUUCCUCGGCCAUGGCAAGUGGGUUCUGGCAACAAACCAGCUACUACAAGGCGUUCCCACAAAGUUCAUGGCUUACAUCGUUGAUUUGACACACGUACUGGAAAUACUGUUUUCACUCACGGCUGGGAUAAGAGAAAAGAAGCUUACUCGUAUGGCGGUUAAGAUUGCAUAUAAAGCCUACCUUGAAUCGCAAUGGGUAACGUACACCCACACAGAAAUUAGGCAUUUCCAAUGUCCGAGUACGACUCGUGAUGCUGUCCUCGACAAGAUCACAUCCAUGAUCUCUUCAGACGACAGGGAGGUUCAAGUUUCUAGGGCACUCGAAAGGAUGCCAUCGGUUGACUUGGAGAGAGAUGAAGAGUGGACGAGCGAAGAAGCCUCGGUGACGCUGUCCUCGACAAGAUCACAUCCAUAAUCCCUUCAGGUGACAGGGAGAUUCGAGUGUCUAGGGCGCUCGAAACGCUUUCACGAGUUGACCUGGGGAAAGACGAAGAGUGGAUGGGCCAAGAAGUCCCCCAGUGAAGCUUGCGCAUUCAUUUAGCAUCUUUUCCUGACGUUUUGCGUACUUUCAUUAAUUUUCCUGUUAUAUCACAGUCUGCCUUGUCUCGCUGUAUCUGCACGUUGUAGCUGGCUUGGAUCGAGUGUUUUUCGACAGAGAAGUCUUCGGGCAGUCAUCUGCAAUACCUACACUAUUGUCCACUUUACAACCCACAUCCUGCCAUUUUCUCGGAGGUUUAUGAAUGGCG